UAGUGCUAUAUUUUGCGAACAAUUGAAUUCAGUAAAACAAGUGUCAUUCCCUCGUAGAUUCACAGAUUUCUCCGCCAUCUAGGACAUUUUUGGGAAGAUGACCAAUACGCAGGUUAAAUCAACAGCUGUCGAGGCAGUUAUGGAAUCCAGUAAUAAUUUCAAGGAUUUUGGUUCAAGCAUGCCCUGUGUAGUGGGCAUUGAUGAAGCUGGACGUGGACCAGUUCUUGGACCGAUGGUCUACGCAUGUGCUGUUACGUUGGUAAAUAAUGAAAAUAUACUGCUUGAGAUGGGGGUUGACGAUUCAAAGGUUCUAACAGAAGCAAAGCGUGAAAAGAUUUUCGAAAGAAUGGAAGGAGACAAUAUGUCAGAGCUAUUUGGAUAUGCGCAUUGUUCAAUAUCGGCGCAGAUGAUUAGCGCUGCCAUGUUAGGUCGAACGAAAUGUUCACUGAAUAAAUUAUCACACGACUGUGCGACGGAAUUGCUGAAAUUAGCAAUCGACAAUAAUAUUAAUGUUGUGGAGGUGUACGUAGAUACAGUUGGGCCGAAGGGUCCGUACCAGGCAAUGUUGCACAAGAAAUUCCCAGACAUGCAAAUUAUUGUAUCGGAAAAGGCGGAUGCAAAAUUCCCAAUUGUCAGUGCUGCUUCAAUCGUUGCAAAAGUCAAACGUGACAGAGCUUUAAGAAAUUGGACGUUUCCGGAGGGCAUUAUCAAUGUACCGCCGAAUGGAUAUGGGAGUGGUUAUCCUGGAGAUCCGAAUACAAAGAAUUUUUUACUGGGAGCAAUUGAUCAUGUGUUUGGUUAUCCAAAUUUGGUGCGAUUCAGCUGGAAAACAGCCGAAGUUUUGUUGCAUGGAAAGACAGUGAAAUGUACAUGGAGUGGUCCGGAAAAUGCAUCCGGUAGCACCAUAACAUCUUUCUUCAAACCAUCUUUUAGUGGAAGGAAUUACUCUUCAAUAAAAAGUCGAUUUUUCAUCGAUCGUUGUCUUUCAAAUAUAUCAAAGUGCUCAGAUUUUUAA